AUGAACCAGACCGUCCCCAACCUCACCCAAGGAGGCGCCACCAACACCACCAACGGCCAAGACCGCUCUGACCCCGAGCUCUACCAGGUCACUUCUCCCGAGAGUGCAAAGGUCGCACACGCACACAACGAGUACCAUGGAGGAGGCAACAUGAGCCGAUUCAUCACUCCCGGUGGCUCGGCGGUGGACAACAGUCAACCUGCCUUCCCGGUCUUUCACCGCAAGUUUGCGAACCCCUCCCCUCUCGGUCUUCUUUCCUUCGCGUCCUCUUCCUUACUGCUCAACCUUUACCAAGCAAACGCCCGAGGAGUCACAACACCUAACGUCAUUCUUGGUAUGGCUAUCGGCGUUGGUGGUAUGGGACAGACAAUAGCAGGGAUCCUGGAAUGGGGAUGUGGCAAUACAUUUGCUGCGACAACCUUUGUAUCUUACGGCGGCUUUUGGUGGACUUUGGCUUGGAUAUAUAUGCCUCAAUUCGGUAUUGCUGCCUCCUACGCAGAGGACUUGGAGAUGCUCGAGAACGCCCUCGGGUUGAUGAUGAUGACAUGGGGCACACUCACCUUUCUCUUCGUCAUUGCCGCCCAUCGCUCUUCUGUGGCAUUACUGUGUAUCCUCGUACCCCUCACAAUCACCUUCUACGUAACUGCGGCGGGAUAUCUGAUGCAGAGCGCUUACUUGCUGAGGGUGGGAGGUGUGAUCGGUUGCAUCAUGUCGAUGUCUGGUUUCUAUUGCGCUCUUGCCGGUCUCUUGACGCCCGACACUUCUUACUUUAUGGUACCUGUGGGCAAUCUUGCACCCCGCCAGAAGCCGCAUUAA